UAUUUUUCCAGCAUGGCUUUUUUUGGGCCUAAAAUGUACAAUUUCUUAGCCAGCUCUUCACAAUUCCCAGUUUAGAGAAUAACCCACACGGUGCUACACAGCAGCUGCAGGGUUAAAACAUGUCACAUGACAAGCUGUCUAGUUCCUGUAUCAUGUGAUCCCCAGCAUGCAAUCACAGCCAUCACAUGACCAGCAUGCCGGAAGUGGGGAAAGUCAGCAUUGUGUCCUGUGAGUUACAAUUUGCCCUAUGCUGGGGAGUGGGGGUUACAGAGUAACAGGAUGGGUUAAAAUAUAAUUCAUAAUAUUGUAAGUGUGUUAUAGUAUAUACACUGAGCUGUGCCCUCAUCUAGUGAAAAACAUACUAAAAAUACUGUGUACCUGUAAAUUACAUGCUAAUUGUAAUUAGUGUACAUGUCUUAUGGCAGAGCUACACUGAACAUAUAAAUGAAAUAUGUGUAGUUUUAUUUCACACCUUAACAAUUAGUAAUAUUAUAAUUAUUAUUAUACUCUAACAUGUAUGUAUCACAUGUAAGGACUGCACAACACACUAAGUAGCCAGUGAUUAAAAAUGGUUCAGCUAAUUGCUCCCCCUCUUUAUUCUUGGAGCCCCUUUCCAUAAAAGCAGGACCUUUUGGGAGGAGUACAAAUCCUACUAAAGAAUAGCAUUUGUAAAAAUUAAAAAAAUCCCAUAGGCAGGACUGAAUUCUGCCUGGGGAAAGUCCAUGGGGAAAACAGAAUUUUUGGACCCCAGAAUAAAGCCACCCUACACAUGGAGUGUGUAGAAUUGUUGGUUGCCCACCGGUAAACCACCGUAUUCUUUUUUUUUUUUUUUUAAAUAAUGUUAUAUGGCUGGGAAAAAAAAGUGGAAGGUUAAAAUAAGAUUUUACCUAAAUCAUAACCUAAUUACCUUCACACAAACAUAUGACAAUAUUUUCGUGUGCCAUAUCAUAUCAAAGCUAUUUUAUUCAAUAUGUAAAGUCACAUUUCCGUAUUAAGAUAUUACUGGCAGCUAUAGAAAUAUUCGUUAAACUCAACUCUCACAUACUGGUUCCGCAAAGAAAGCAGAUUUAUUUCCUGAAUAUAUCUUUGUUUUCUCUGCAAAAUGGUUAUGUGGUAUUAAAUGGGAUUGUAACGUCUGUGUUUACGUGAUGUGUGGUUUGGUCAAUCCUCCAAGACGGACGAAGUUGUAGAAUACUAAGGUUGUCUAAAAUGUGAAUGUGGGGUUCCUUUUAGCAAAGGCAGGCAGGAAGGCUGCUCUAUUGAGUUUGGACCUCACAGGCUCCUUGUACCUUUCAGAUCUGAUCUUCUGAGAAAAGCAUGAAGAACAAACUUUGCACAUUGUGUUUGAAAAAGUUAAACUAAAUCACUGUAGAUAUUUAAAAGGUGAGUGAUCAUCCACAUUUGUACUAACGUUCUUGCUGUAAUGUAACGCCAUUCUAAUGUAAGGAUUAAUUUGCCAUGAGGAUCUACUGGGACUUUUGGUAUUACACACCUGUUUUAUGUUAACUCUGUAAUAUUGCACGUUUCCUUCUAACACAUAUCACUUAAUUUAACAAAAAGUGUCUUGCUAGCCUGUUCAUAUUAUUAAGCUGUAAGUUAUAUAUUACUUAUAUAUUAUUUUUAGCAUUAUACUGUUAUUCUGGUAACAUAAUUUAAAAUAUGUUUAACCCCUUAAGGACCAAACUUCUGGAAUAAAAGGGAAUCAUGACAUGUCACACAUGUCAUGUGUACUUAAAGGACCACUAUAGUGCCAGGAAAACAUACUCGUUUUCCUGGCACUGUAGUGCCCUGAGGGUGCCCCCACCCUCAGGGUCCCCCUCCCGCCGGGCUCUGGAGAGAGGAAGGGGUUAAAAUCUUACCUUUCUCCAGCGCCGGACGGGGAGCUUUCCUCCUCUCCUCCUCCUCUCCUCCUCUCCUCCUUCCUAGCGACGUCAUCGGCUGAAUGCGCAUGCGCGGCAGGAGCCGCGCGCGCAUUCAGCCAGUUCAUAAGAAAGCAUUUACAAUGCUUUCCUAUAGACGCUGGCGUCUUCUCACUGUGAUUUUAGAGGCUGGAUUAACCCUCCAGGCUCUAGAGGCUGGAUUAACCCUCAGUGUAAACAUAGUUUCUCUGAAACUAUGUUUAUAAAAAAAAAAAAGGGGUUAACCCUAGCUGGACCAGGCACCCAGACCACUUCAUUAAGCUGAAGUGGUCUGGGUGCCCAUAGUGGUCCUUUAAGGGGUUAAAUAUGAAUUUAUUCUCAAAACAUAAAAUUAUGGUAAAUUGAAAAAUUCUGACUAAAUAUCCAACCUGGGACUGUAGUGCAGUUUUGAUAGUGUAGGAAUUUAUCAGAGUUUGCUAUUUUGGCCUGAUUUUGCAGUUCAGUUUUCGGUAUACCAACAAUCAUUGUUUAGUGAAUAAACCCAUUGGGAGUUUUUUAAGAAUAAAUGGUGGUAAAACUUAAAAUCCAGGGUAAAAUAUCCAAAUUAAAUAUAGCAGUGUAACAGGAAUUUUCCAAAUCAUCUAUUUUUGUAUGCUGUGUUACAGUUCAGAUCUCUUUUUAAUAAAUACACCCUUUAGUGCAGGCAUAGGCAACCUUCGGCACUCCAGCUGUUUUGGACUACUCCUCCCAUGAUGCUUUGCCAACAUUAUGGGUGUAAGAGCAUUAUGGGGGAUGUAGUUAACAACAUCUGGAGUGCCGAAGGUUGGCUAAUGCCCGCUUUAGUGUUUUGUUUUAAAUCAUUUUUAUUUUAAGCACAAAACAAGUCAGGCACAGUUCGACAGUGAUGAGAAGCUUACAGUUGCCUACGCAGAGGGUUAUUAUUUUCAUCAGAAUUAUUAUCAUCAGGCAUUAACCUUCUGUAAUUACAUUUAUGACUGAACCAGGCUAAGUCUUAUAACUCUAUAAAUUCACCAGCAUCAUAUGAAGCCUGUAGGUAAUCUGGUGUCAGCAAGUAACUUGGCUAUACGCGGGCCUUGCGGGCUUAAUGAUCAUGUGAUUCCAAUUGCCAGUAUAUACGACCCUGUGAAUGUGUUACAAGCAUUGAAUUUAAUGCAGCAUAAGAUAUACUAUAGUUUGGCUCUAACAGAUUUCAGGGAUGUGCUGUAGGUAAUGGGUAUUAAGGCGUGAUGUUUUGAGGUUAAUGUGCGUGAAGGGUUAACAUUCAAGUAAGCCUGCUGCCGUCACGAUGUAUAGAUAAGCCUUGUUAUUUCAACUUUUUUAAACUCUUAGAGCGUUGCACCAUCAGGGAACCCAGCGCAUUAUGUCGCAGUAUCUCAGUUGUGCAGUGAUUUUAAGUUAAUCUGUGGCCAGUGCACAGGACACUAAUAUGCGUGGUAAGAUAUAGUCUAAGUAUGUAGGUUUAAGAUUGGGGCAUUGAUGUGCGUUACGUUAUGGUUCCAGUCUUCAUAGGGCUAAUGUGUGCGUCAAACUUGAACCGGCGUAUGCUUAAAAUAAAUAAAUUAAAAUAAAAUACUAAGUGCCAUAAUAAUUAUCAGAGCAUCUGAAGCAAUAGCUCUGUAUAUGAGAAACAAAAUGGAGGUAGUAACAUCCUAUAAUGCUUCAAUCUGAAAUAAACUGUAGCUGGUCAUGCAAUAUAUGAAGUAUAUAGGCAAACAAAAUCAAUAAUAAGGACCGUAACAAUAUGGAAGCAAGGUUGGCAGGAACUUGAGAGGAGGCUGUAUGGCAGUCUGAGGGAGGCUCAACAUGUCUCAGCUAUGGUGCAGUCCUCAGGUCACCGAGCCUCCGUCCGUUCACCCCACAUCGCCCCCCCCCCCACCGGCCGGGUCCUCCGCGGUGUCGUGGGCACUCAGGGGCAGAGAUUGUCAACUGGACCCCACCACAAAGUCCGCGACUCUCCCGCCCCCUGCACCUCCCCAGCACCUCGUUGUUCCUUAUGGAGCAAGCACUCCCGUGUCUCUCCCAGUGCCGGCCUCACACUUAAAGCUGGUACCCAGCCCUCCCGGCCACCAGUCCGCCGGCAGGGCAGCGCACUCCCGCCCCACAGGGCUCACGGCAGCAGGGACAUGGUUCUCCGGGGACCCCUAUACCCAGAGACUGGGGUACUCACUGCUCCGGUCGGCGUGUGGGCGGUGUGUAGGCCCCGCCCUGCGCUCAGUAUCGCCUGGCCCUGCAUAAGCCGUCCAUGCCAGUCCCCUUUAUUACAUUUUACCGUGGUCCUCUGGGUGUGUUGAGCUGUGUUGGAGCAGUUCCAUAAGAAUGCAGGUGGUCUUUCUCAUAUCAGCUCCUGGUGUGUCUCGCCAAGGCUGACGGAGGGCCGUUUUUCAGGCAGUGAGCAGCCUCCGUUUAUUCGGGGUCUGUGUGCCUCCGCACUCGAGCUCUCCUCUCCCUCCGUGUUAAUUACAUUUUCUGCUGGCUUGCUGCUUCACAUGCAGCUUUUGCCAGUGUAGGUGGCCAGCGCGCACCCCACGCGGGAACUCCCACCGUGGCAUGGGUCACCGUCAUGCGGCCGGGAUAACCCCCACCGACUGGCGGGGGCAGGGCCGUUCCCCGGGUCGGGGGUGCAAAGGGAACCAACUGUGCGGCGUCUCUCCCACUUAAAUGUUUCGGGGCUGUGCCUCUCUGUGGCGUCCCGCCGCGUGUUGUUGCCUCGGUUGGGUGCUCUGCCGCGUGUAGGCCGGGCUCGCCCUCCAUUGCCUGUCCGGCUUGUGAUGUGCUUCUUGCCGGCAUCCGAGGUGCGCUGGGGUUGUUCCCUGUUAGUUGUUGUCGGGAUAGCCGACUUCUUAGCAGUCUGGAACGGCCUUUUGUGCCUUUUUGCUCAGGUUAGUGCUGGAGCCCAUGCAUAAUGCGUCUGUUCGGCCCGGCGGCUCGGCCCCGCCCCCACGCUUCAGUGUUUUGGCCUUUUAUCUAUAUAGUACCAUUAAAUUAAGCAAAACAUUUGUGGUUAUUCACUAAAUUGCAAAUUGACAAUAAAAUUUUUUAAAUUCCAGCACCAUAACAACUUCUGAUUGCUCUAGUGGUUAUUGUGCCAUCUGCUUGAUACAUGUCACCUCUUUCAUUAAGAGCUGUAAGCUCUCUGCUCUGAGCUAGCCUGUCAGGGCAGGGUUUAGCCCAAAGACCAUAGAAAAUAGUCAUAUAUUGUUUAUUCAUUUAAUUGUUUAUUUUAUUCUAAAGUCACUUGCAAAUUUUCACAGUUUCCAGUUUAGCUAAAAAAUCUUAUUGUGUAAAGGAAAUCAAAAAAAGAAAAUAUAUAUGUAUUAGUUUGGUGGAAAAGGACAGAUGGCCCAUAACCUUUGAGAACAGUUUAACCACUUGAUGUAAGGGUGCCUCAUUUAGAUAAAGUUGUUUUGGUGCCUGGAGUGUCCCUUUAAAUAUAAGACCAACAUUUUUUUAUAUAUCGUUUACAGGUAUGGUGAUACACCAUGGGGUGUUUUUUUGGCGUUUGUUCAUCUGGUUAUUUUUGUUUAUCUAUUUUUAAGCUUCUGGGUGUAUUGGUCUUGUUAUCUAGCAUUCACUUAAUUAUCCUUAGAAAUUUUAACAUCGAUAUAUCGAUAUCGAUAGAAACAUUUAAAUAUAUAAAGGGAAUCAACACAGUAAAGGAGGAGACUAUAUUUAAAAGAAGAAAAACUACCACAACAAGAGGACAGUUUUAGAUUAGAGGGACAAAGGUUUAAAAAUAAUUUCAGGAAGUAUUACUUUACUGAGAGGGUAGUGGAUGCAUGGAAUAGCCUUCCAGCUGAAGUGGUAGAGGUUAACACAGUACAGGAGUUUAAGCAUGCGUGGGAUAGGCAUAAGGCUAUCCUAACUAUAAGAUAACACUAGGGACUGAUGAAAGUAUUUAGAAAAUUGGGCAGACUAGAUGGGCCGAAUGGUUCUUAGCUGCCGUCACAUUCUAUGUUUCUAUGAUAUAGAUGCGCCUUCUAGCUCCAAAGCCCUACAUUUCUCUCUCUGACUGCCUCCAUGGGAUUCACACAGUGGUCUGAUUCUCCUACCCAUCAGGCUGGGAUUAUUCGCUACACUCUAUCUCCACUAACGUCACUCUCUCUGAUCACCACCUUCUAAGCUGCAGUCAUAUCCUGCCACCCGCAUAGCCACCCUCACGUGUUACACUGCAGCCUUCCAAUGAUAUACAAACUUUACUGGCACCCAUCUCAACUACCAAAUGCCCUUCUACGGCAGCAUUCCUUUAUAACUCUACCCUUUCCUUUACCCUAGAUAAACUAUGUCUACUUACUGCUCACCCUGCCUCUCAAACUAAACGCUAACCCAGGCAUAUUAAAUCCACCCGAUACCUCCAAAGGUGCUCGAGGGUGGUGGAUGCCUGACUUACUGAACUACAAAUGUAUGUUUCAUUCCUACAACUGUGUCCUCUCUUUAACCAAACUUCCUUCGCCUCCACCGUCUCAUCCUUCUCGCUCUUCACCUCUUUCAAAUUUAAAUAUUUCUAAUGCGUCCUACAUCCCCUCCCUCAUAUAGUAUUGUCACCGAAAAGAUUGACAUCUGAAUAGAAAUCACCUCGCUUGCUUCUCCCUCAACUGUCGGACCCUUUGCCCAGCCUUCUCCUCUGCAUUUAAUAUCUUCUCUCCAGUUUCUGAAAAGGAGGUUUUCUGCGCUUCUCCUUUCUUCAUUCCCUACAAUGUGUCCCCUUUACUCUACUCCCUUGUACCUUAUGCAUUCUCUCUCAUCUGUGAUUGUCACACCCUUGAAAAGGUCCUCCCAUUCUCGCUUUCCUCUGGCAUUUUCCCCUCGUCCUUCAGAUGUGUGCUGAUCACCCAUUCCCAAAACCUUUUCUUGACCUUGAUGCUCUGCCUACCUAUAGUCCUAGCUCUCUUCUUUCCUUCUUGCCUCCAAGCUCCUCGAAAAAGUUGUUUAUACUUAACUUACAGACUGUCUAAACUCCUUAGAAGACCUGCUUUAGUUUGGCUUCCCAAUGUUACACAGAGACUGCCUUGACCAAAGUGACCAGUGACUUUGUGAUGGCAAAGCCAAAAGGCCAUUAUUUACUACUCAGUCUUCUUGAUAUAUCUCCCAGUCUGCUGGAUCAUGUUAAUGACUGCCUAUCCUCUGUUUCUGACUGGAUGUCUUCACGAUUCCUAAAACGUAACCUAUGUAAGACUGAACUUCAUUCCUCCCUCUAAGGCUACGUCUGUCCUUGUUUCUGUACAGGUUAACAGAGCUAUCAUAGCCUCUAUUGCACAGGAGCGUUGCAUCGGUGUGGUCUUUGACUCUGACCUUAAAAAUGUUUCUCUUGCGUUUGCCCAUUUGUUACUUAGGACGCUACCAACGUGCUUUUUCAUGCUUUCCUUGUUUACUGCAUUGAUUAUUGUAGCCUUCUGCUUAUUGGCUUGAAGAGUGACCAGAUAGGCCCUUUACAGUCCGCGAUGAACACCUCUGCCUCUACCUUAUGUCCCACAGCUUUUGAAUCUCAUUCGUCUGCCAGUCUCUGCACUGGCUACCGAUUUCAUUUAAGAUAUGGUUAAAAAUUCUCAUCCUAACCUACAAGGCUGCGUAUUACUGUCCCCCUGCUUAUAUCUCCUCCCUUGUUAGCAGUUUAGUUUCAGCCCGGUGGCCUCUUAGCUCUGCUGAUGGCAUGCUACUGUGAUACAGUUGUACCAGCACCCCAGAAUCUUGCAAGCAAGACUUUCCCAGGGGUGCCCCCUCUUUAUGGAAUGUUCCUCUACGCCACAUUCCACUCUCCCUAUCUCUGCUGCGCUUAAAAAAAAUUCUUAAAACCGGCCUUCUUUAGAGAAGCCUAUCAGCUCGCCCCUUAACUCCUUAUCUCUUAUAAUCUUCCUCUGUUUUCUCCUUUGUACUGUAGCCCCACUCUCUGUUGCACGGAAUGCAGAUUGGUGCACUGGAGGUCCAGUGAGGAAACCGGGAGUGCGGAUACUGAUUAAAAGGAAACUAUAAUGCCAGGAAAACAAAGUUGUUUUUUUUCAUGGCACUAUAGCUCCCUAUAAUGCCCAACCCCUCCUGCGUGGUGCAGUAGGGUUUAAAAACACUUUCUGUCACUUAGAGUGCAACGCUGAUGUCCCUUGGCUCUGGCUCCGCCUUCACCCCUCCCCCACGCUCGCAUUAGUACUUCUCCCAUAGGACAUUGUACAAUGCUUUCCUAUGGGGUUUCGGGUGACGCUGUAUGUCCUCAUGCAUAGCGUGAGGACGUCCAACGUCAGGCGGCCAAAAGUCACCUAAUGAAGUAGACAGCCACUAGAGGCGGAGUUAAAAACUGCAAUAAUUACCUAUGCAGGGUUAGGAGACCUAAGACGGCGCACCCACAGCUCAUUGAAGUGGUCUGGGUGCCUAUAGUGUCCCUUUAAGGAAUGAGAGCAUUGUCCAUAGUAGUUUUGAACCUGCCAAAAAGGGUGAAGGUAAUAUCUGGAUUUGAUUGUUUACCAGUGUAGCCAUUUUAAUUUAUCCUGAUAUUAAUCACAGUUCUAUAUAGAUAAUGCACUUCACAGAGUAAGUAGCUUUCUGAAUUAUAUCUGAAUCUAUAUUUAUUGGAUGACAUUAGCAUUCAUUACAUGAUCUGUUUUCUUGUCACAGGAAUGGUACCCAAUUUUAGGUGAAAAAUUAUCAUAUGAAACGUCCAAUGAGAAGUCGGCUGCUACCUACAUACCAGUGUAUUUUCAGUAGUUAGCAGAGCUAAUGGUUGUCAUUUAAUUUGAGUCAUUUUUAUUUUGUUCAAAAAACCUUUUGUUCGUAAUUAAGCACUGUUUAUUUUAUAGAGGCAUCUCUUGAUGGCUGCAGAUUAUACAUCGGCACAGCUGAGAUGUUACUUGUAAGGAGAAGUGGGAUUUGUAUAGGAUUGUGUAGUAUUUCCUAUCUCUCCGUAAAAGAGACUCCAGACUGGGUUGUUUAAAUGCUCUCUCUUUCUCCCCAGUUAUUUAGCACUGGAUAUUCUUGUGUGUGUUUUUUAUAAGAGCUGAGGUUUUACAAACGGUAGGUGGAUACUCUCUAAACAGAAUAGCAGGGUUCAAUGUUUGGAAUGCUGGGGAAUUCAACUUGUAUAUUACAGCAAAUUGUAGUAUUAAUUAUAUCACAUGUGUUCGUACAGUUCUGGUGGUGAAUCGCAUUUUCCGAAGAUGCAGCCUCUUGUCUACCCUGCCAUGUUUCAGCUCAUCAUCCUAAGGUUGUUUUUCCUUUUCCCAGUGAUUUCAGGUAAGAAAAGACCUCCUUUUAUUCCCAGACAGAGUAUCAAGCUGCUCUAACUAGAUUUGCUCAAUGUGUAUAACAGGCAGUGCAGUACUCAGUACUCUCCAGGUUCAUAUUCUGCAGCGUUCCAAGCCUAAGGUGGGAGUAUACUCUUUUUCAUCCUUUAUAACUGACGGUAUUGGGCAGAAACCCAUGCCCCCUCGUUUCCCCAGUCAGGCCUCUAGGUAGCUCCCUACACUGAUUACUGGCAAAACAGCACUCUAUAAUUAACGUAAUAACUGUCUGUGAAUAUACAGUAUAUGUAUGCAACCAUUCUUCUCAAUCUUUUUAUUUAUAUAUAUAUAUAUAUUAUAUACACUAUAAAAUCAACCUGUAUAAAUAAUAACUGUCUGUAGACAUUCAGUUUGUGUAAGUAUGAGAUCCUCUCACACACUAUACGUGAUGUCAUACUACAUAUAAUAAGUGCCUGUGAGUAUACAUAGAAUGUAUGUAAAUGCCCAAAUCACUUGCCUCUCUUUUCAUUAUUUUAUUGUAAUUUAACAAAUAGUCUUGAAAAUUUGAGUUGAUCGUGUCCUCCUUUUUUUCACAGGUGGACGUCCAUGUGUCCCGGUAAAUUUCGGCCAUGGGUCAGUGGUGUGCGUCUGCAAUGCUACUUAUUGUGACACCCUGGAUCCUGUUGUUCUCCCUGCCUUGGGCACCUUCAGCCAGUAUGAGAGUAGCCAGAGUGGCAAGCGCCUGGAUCUCAGCACUGGCGCUUUUAAGAAAAGAACCCCAUCCCCAUCAGGUAAAGAAUAUGAAGUGCGCUUACAUAGUCCUAUACAUCUUGGAAUAUCCUUACAAGGGAUUAUGAGGUAUAAAUGAUAACAGAGAUUACACAAGCAGUGGUUUUAAUAACGUACUUAUUCUUUUCUUUGUGGAAAUGCAUGUGAGAUCAUUUAAAAAAAGUAAAAGCUACAAAUGUCAACAGAUCUGUGCUAACUUACAAGGAAAACAAAACUAAAUGCAAGCAGCUUUAAAAAGUUGUCAAUUAUUCCACCUUUACUAGUAAAGUGCAAGGGAUUUAACAGCUAAACUGAAAUACAAGAGAAAGUCGAUAGUGUGGGGAUUCAUGGUGAGAGCAAGAGUUUUUUUAGGUCUUCUUUUAAAUUUAUAUUAAAGGGAUACUCCACUGUCCAAAUAUAUAAAAAAAAUAAAAAAUAAAUCAAAACACUUUUUAGUAGAUAUAUUCCAAGUGAAAACAUGCACACAAUCAAUUAUGUAUUAUUUAAUUGGGGUAUCUAAAAUCAGCUUCCAAAAACAGUAGGUGUCUUGUCAUCAGCAAGAUUUGCAAGCCCUCCCCUUCUAGCCCCGCCCAGACUUUCUGUGGAUGUCCAAUCACAGAUUCCCAAUGCAGCUCAAUGAGCAGUCUUUGCAAAGCAGGUGUUCUAGGCAAUUGCUGUCUCUUGAGUUUAGCUCCAGAGAGCUAAUCAAACAAGGACAUAACAGGACCGGUUGUCUGACUGACCGCUAGGGGGGUGUAGCAAGGUUCAUUUUUAAAAGUGACAAUUUCUAUUGAAAUCUGCACUUUUUGUACAAUUAAAAGAAGACACACUAUUCACACAUACAGCUUUUCAGCAAGCUGAAGUGCUUUAGGAGUCUGGAGUGUCCCUUUAAAGAUUUAACAGUUGUUAACAAUCCAGCCUGGGUACAUUACAUAGCAGGAGAAACAGGUUUUCUGUUUCUUGCCCCUUCGCUGUGCUCUCUUUGUUGAGUGACAGUUGUAAAGGACACAUCUUAUGAUACUUAUUGACAGGGAAUGCAGAGGGAGGAGUUCAUUAUCAGGAUAGAGCCGUGUGGAUCCUAUUUUCUAUACCGCACAUAUUUGUUAAUCAUAGGGGAUACCUAAUCAUAAUACUACAAAUCCUAGGAAGUGACAGUUUUGCUUUUGACAUAGCAGAUCAAAGAUAAAUCAUAGAGUAGGAUUUUUAGGGCCUGUCCUGAAAUAUUAAAUUAAUAACCUCAACAUCUUGCUCCACUAAACAUUUAUGAGCUAUUUCAUUUAUUGAUCAGAUCUUGUCCUAACCCUGAAUGAAGCCAAAAAGUAUCAGAUCAUCAAAGGUUUCGGUGGAGCUGUGACCGAUUCAGCAUCUCUGAAUAUCCUUUCUCUGAGCUCUGGUGUCCAAGAAAAUCUCCUGAAAUCCUACUUCUCCGAGGAAGGUAAGACCCACCCCUUCACGCUGGACUCGGUUCAGUUUGAUGACUCCAAAUAGAAAAGGCUUCCUUCAGUAAUUUUCUCUUUAAAUAAAAAAAAUGGGUGAAUGAUAAUACAUUUAAAUAUAUUAAAAAAAUAUUCUUAAAGGAACAAACCAAGCACCAUAGCUACUACCGUUUACUGUAGUGGUUAUGGUGCCUGGAAUAUCCUGGUGCCCUUUCCUCCACAAAUAAGUAGUCAGACAGUUUUCUGCCAGUUUGACAUUUUACUUUGGGCCACCAGGUACCUUUCUGUGCCUGAAUAUUCCAAACAGGACAAUCUGAUUAACAGUCGUGGAUAAACAGGUCAAUCUGCGGUUGAAGUAAAUCUGAUUUAAAAAUCUUUUGGAGAUUUAAGAAUUUGUUAGCCAGGUAAGUUCUGUAUAAAGACUAAUUCUAAAAGUAGAACAAUCAUCAUAGAACCCAAUAGAACGUUCCUGCGUAAUGCUUCAUCUUUACAGAUUUGUUGUGUUGUUUGACUGUCUGUUGAUAAAUGUUUGAUGUAAACAGUAUUAAUGGUAGCAAUUGUGGUGGAAUGUCUAACUGGUAGAGAUUCAUUCUGUGUACAAAAUGUAGAUCAUGAUUAUGUCUCUGAUCCCAGGUAUUGAAUACAACAUUGUGCGUGUACCGAUGGCAAGUUGUGAUUUCUCCAUUCGUGUGUACACUUAUCUUGAUAAAGACAGCGAUUUCAAGCUGGACUCGUUCAGCCUGCAGGAGGAGGACAUCAAGCUGAAGGUGGGAUUUAAUGGCCUGGGAGCAUGAUAGCAUUUUUUAAAACUUUAUGUGUACUGCUGAUAUUUAACUCUCUGUACCAGAUUCCAGUGAUUCAGAAAGCAAGGGAAAUGUCCAAGAGGCCAAUAUCCCUCUUUGCCAGUCCUUGGACAUCCCCAGCAUGGAUGAAAACGAACAAUGCUACAAAUGGAAAAGGGAUCCUGAAAGGACAGCCUGGGGAUCAGUACCACAAGACGUGGGCUAACUAUUUUAUCAGGUAAAGUGUGAACUGCGUCGGAAACUAUACUAAUAGACUAGGCGCUACACAUCAUCGUAGCUUACUGUAAUGAUAUCGGUCACAAUACAGUUAGACAAUAUUCUGGUCGUAUUUUUAUUUUAAAUUUUUUUAAAUUCUUUAUUUUUUUGUGCGCACAAAAUGAAGCAUGCUGUCUCGCAGUGCCCCAACAGCGUCUGCAAGAUAAACAUUGUUCAAGAUAGUACAGUUGUAAGGCAUGGUGAAAACUUGCACAUUUUUUAUAUUUUGGUUAGGUUAGACUAAUCUGUCUAGUUACGUUCUAAUCUAGUCAGUAUUUUUGACUAGCUAGACAGAAAGAUAACUGUGAGUAGGGUAGAGAUGUGUAAAUAUGAGUGGACAUAAGCCUUGUACAUAUGUCUAGCUAGGAAGGGUGAAAAAACUCCGCUUCAGUAAUAAGAACCUCUAAACAUUGUGAGUGCAACAUGGUGCUAUGCUAUACAGAACUUGUUAUGUAAAAAAAAAAUACUACAGAAUGACUAUGCAUAGGUGAAAUGUACAUAAGAGUUAGAGUAUAGUCUAAGCUGAAAUUAAACUGGUCAAGCCAUUAGAUAAUGCUAGACUUCGUUAAAUGCACUGCAUAAUAUUAUUGAUCCGGCUAGGUCAUAUAGCUGGAAACAAUAGGGUUUUAGACCCCAGGAGGUCCCCUGAAGGCUAAAUAAUGUAGAGCAACAGAGGGCGACCCAAGAGAUGUCAUCGACUGGUGAGGGAAGCAAUCCUGCCAUCUAAACUGGGCCUUCUAAGGAGGGAGCUGUGUAUAUGGAAAGCAACUGUCCAAACUGUGUCUGCAUGCAACGAAGGAGCACAAUGACCGGGGUGAGACUUUCUCCCCUGUUGCCAGUCAGCCAACGCCUUGUGUGGGCAGAGAACUGGUGGGUCAGCUUGGGUUAGUCAGUCCUCUUGAAGGUGGGCAUUAAGUUCCAGGUUGGAGGGAAGGUGGUCUUAUGUGGGCCAGCACGGGUACUUGCUGGAUCCAAAGGACUGCCAUCUUUUACCAGAUCCCAAGUCGCCAGCCUUGUGAUGGUUUCCCGCCAACUUUGUCCUCCCGGGUGGGGCGUUGUCAAGGUGUCAUUGCUGUCUUCCGGUCGGCUUUGCAUGCGGGACUAUGUGGAGAGGUUUCAGGGUUGCUCUCUGUUAAGAACUUCAGUGUUUAUGGUACCGAGUUCUUCUAUUCCUUUCCCAAUAGCUGAGCAUAAGUGAUUAAAGCUACAGUUAGGGUGUAGAGGAAGACGAAUCUCCCCAGAAAUUAAAAGGUUACCCAAGCGUGAGCCUAGACUUCAUGAAGGGUACAACAGGAAUAAUGUUUUAUUGAGGCCACACUGGUUUUUGUGGAAAUCCUCCUGCAAGAGGACGUCCCACAGUAAACAAACGUGACAACCAAUCAUAAUACAGAUUUACAGUAAACCACUCCCUUCCUCUGCCUGGGAGAUAAUGAGAUAAUUUAAGGAAUAAACCAAUUAUCUCCAGGCAAAGGGCACACAAUUUCCCCAAAAAUUAGAAAAUGAGCCAGGAGGGUGGUCGAUGUUCGGUAGUUUCAUCUACCGAACCAAUAAAUACAAAAUAACCUAAAUAAAGCAGGUAUAAAAGAAGAAAAUCACGAAAAUGAAUCUAUUUUCUUCACACUCUCCGAGGCCACAGGGUGCAGAAGUGCUUCCAGCUUCUCCCAAAAAGCCCGGAAGGUUUUAUCCAGGCAGAGCUCCACCUCAGAUUUCUCCUGUCCUGUGCUUAAGAAGCACACUGCCUACACCAUUUUGAGAGCAGUGCUGCCACUCGGUUCUGCGAUACUGCAGCGCUCCUGCCAGAUUGCGGGGGGACCCUAUGGGGUGGACCUAGAUGACCCCCUCCGGUCCCUUGGGGGGGGGAGAGAAUAUGGGUCUCCCACACGCCGACUAAGCAUGUAGGCUGCACGAGAGGUUCAGGUGAGUAUUGCUUGUAAUGUCGCUUGUGUGGUACCAUCUUGUGCACGUCCCGUUUUGCUGCAGAACAGGAGCUGUACGAGUUAGCGUCCUCUCGGCUCAGCAGCCAGGCCCUGCUCCCCCCUGUCGUAUUUUUUUUAAACUUACCUUCUAUAUAAAUAUAGCAUAAUAUCUGACAGAAUUAGUUUUUUGUAGGUUUUUGGAUGAAUAUGCAAAACACAAUGUUUCGUUUUGGGCUGUGACAGUGGAAAACGAGCCCACAGCCGGAAUGAUGACCGAUUACCCUUUCCAGUGUUUGGGAUUCACGCCUGAACACAUGAGGGAUUUUAUAUCAACUGACCUUGGCCCUGCAUUCGCUAACAGCUCAUACAAACAUGUCAAAAUGAUGAUUCUGGAUGAUAAUCGCCUUCUGCUUCCUUACUGGGCUAAAGUGGUAAGUAGGCGCUUGUUUUUGUACCACUUAUGUUAGUCUAUUCCAUGUUUCUAUAAGGAUACAUUAUUAUUUUAUAUUUUCAAAGUUAUUUGGUAUCGGGAAUACGUAUGACGUAAUUCUAUAAUUGCAAAGGUAAUUUUUAAGGUUGACAGAUCAACCAUCACACUCCCUUGAUAAAGGCUUUUUUCGCCAAAACAUUGGGGGUAACAUUUUUGUAUCUAUUUCAUUCAUAGAAUCAUGGGAGUUGUAGUUCAGGAACAUCUGGAGGGCCAGAGUUUGUGGAAGUCUGGUCUAGGGGAUCACGACCCCAUUCCGUGACUAUUGCUUUGACCCUGUGCUGCUCUCUGCCCUGUGACUUUCGCUAUGUUCCUGGGACACACUCUUAAUUACAUCUAUGUUGUGUACUGUCACACUGUCCUCCUUACACAAUCUUUUUGUUUGCUAUGAGAUAGAUACUCUCUGAUGUCAAUGCUGCUCAAUACGUCCAUGGCAUUUCUGUUCACUGGUACCUUGAUGACCUCGUACCAGCCGAGAUCAGUCUUGGUACAACUCACCGGCUCUACCCGGAAUACUUCCUGUUUGCCAGCGAAGCCUGCAAUGGGUUUUUGCCCUGGGACAAAGGAGUGCGGCUGGGGUGCUGGCACCGGGGAAACAAAUACAGCUCCAGGAUAAUUGAGGUAAAGCGGAUCGGAUUGGCCCAACCCAUACAGGGCUAUUCAAUAAAGUGAGAUCUGUUGAGAAUUCACAGUGAAUUUAAUGUGAAUUUCAAAUUUAAGGCUAAAAUAGUUGAACUAAAAAAAUUAUCCAAGUCAUGUAUACUUCCUUACAUUUGAAAUUCACUUUGAAUUCUUAUCAAUUCUCACUUAAGUAAAUGACCGUGCUGGUACCACUCGAACAUGCAUAAACAUAUUUAUAGAUCAGUGAUAAGAUGAUUUUAUCCCAUUAUUGAUCUUAAAUUUGAUGAUGAUACUGUGGUUAAGAUGUUCCAGAUUGCAGACAAGGAUAGGCUUUAAUGGGAUAAUACUCCACAUUUUUGCAGAUCUUCUGUAUUCUAGAUUUUAUUUAGCGAUGCAUUCACUUAAACAUUUGUUCCUUUAUAAACAAUUCUGCACAAUAUGAUGUACUCUGCCUUUACCCCCAAUUAAGUGCUUUAGAGAAGUACUUAUAUUUGAGCUUUUCGUGGUCCAGACUUGUUCAGUUUUUUUUGUAAAAUGCACGAGGAAAAGAAAAUUCUCACUUCAUAAAUUAGCCAUCAAUGAAGGGAACUACAUGAAAAUGUGUACACCCUAACCUAGCCAUCAGUGAACAGAACGAGGUAAAGAUUCUCACUGUGUAGCCCUGCACUCGGUGAACAAAACAUAAUGUAAAUUCUCACAGCAUAUCCCUGCAAUCGGUGAAUAAUAUGAGAUGUAAAUUGUUACUGUGCAACAUGAAUGUUUGUUUCAUCAAACCCUAUGUUAUUUAAAGGGACACUAUAGUCAUCAAAACAACUUUAGCUUAAUGAAGCAGUUUUUGUGUAUAGAUCACACCUCUGAAGUCUCACUGUUCAAUCCUCUGCCAUUUAGGAGUUAAAUCACUUUUGUUUCUGUUUAUGCAGCCCCAGCCACACCUCCCCUGGCUGUGACUCACACAGACUACAUGAAAAAAAUGGUUUCCGAUCUUAAACUUGCGUUAGAUGUUUUUAUUUCUUGCUUUUAUUUAAUUCUUUAUUUUUUCACUGCAGUGCAUAAGCCAUACAUUGAUAAACCUUAGUUAGAUAAUAAAAUGAACAAGUACUUUGCACCAUUGUUUAUGUACAUAACAGGCUAGCGUAUGCCUAGAUACAGUUGUAGGUUACACAGCUUGUGGAGGGUGUUCGAGUGUGUAGUGAUCCUACAUUGCUCCUAGUUGCUGAUAUCUCACUAUGCUGGAGACUCUGCAUGUGUGUGUGUGAGGUGAGGAUGCAGUGAUUGCUUAGAAGAGUGUGAGCCCGUAGAUUUGAUGUCUGGUGUUAAGGCUGCUUGAAUGUAGUUAGUCGUUAGUGCAGCUAUUCUAGUUCUAUGCUUUGAGUGCGGUUACUCCUGACCGAGGAAGUAGCGGGGGGAUGUGGGGGGCUGCAAGGUUGUCCUUGUUUAUGUGUGGUGGAAUUACCUGUUCCGGGUUUGGCUGUGUUAGUUCCGUGUGGGUAACCCCAAACUGGGACUGUGUGAUUGUGAGCCGUGUUCUAAUGUUGUUUUCUUACAAUAUUAGGAGAGAAAAGGAAGAAUGAAAAAAGAAGAAAAUAUUAGUUAAAGCGGCGCUGUCAUGCCAAACUUACCUUUCCCUAAUCGUUUCUUCAUCUCUCCCUCUGUCAGGAUCUGUUCUUCAUUUCCUCCUGUCUGCUCUAGUUUUCUUUAAAACAUAAGACAAAUUAGGGAAUAUUUUUUUUUUUUUAUGUAUAUUUCAUACGCCUGACCAGCUAUGACCAGCGGAGGAGCAAAGUGUGCUCCAUUUCCUGUGGUCAGAGCAAUUUUCCCACAAUUCUCACCUUUCCUUCGUGAUCUCGCGAUACCUCCUUUCGCUAUUCCCGAAGUCUUGUCAUUUAGACAGAACGCUGAUGAAACUACCGAAUUUCGCCCUAACAGAAUGAGAACAGUUUGUUUAUUUAUGUUAGGACGACAAUUGGUACUUUUAGGUCGGUUUGAAAUUUCAUUCAAAUUAAUGAAAUUCUGACCCGAUCCGUGCUACGGCUGCAUCUUGCAGCCGCUUAGUAGAUAACUCCCUAAUUCCCACGGUAUUAGGGGGCUAUCUACCAAAAGGCUAAAAGACCAAUCUUGGAUUACUUAGUGUUAGUAAUUAAUCUGCCCCUACUCGCUAUAUCGCGACUAGGGGCUGUAACGGAUCACCUGUACUCCGACCGAGUACCUUCCGUUGAUGGACGCUUCCUAGUUUGCACCGAGAACCACAAGCUCUGCACCGGACACCACAACUACCGCAGACUCCACAACCGCCGCAGCUUAACUGGAGUCUCGCCAUCUUCCUUCCAUCCUGGAUCAACCUCUGUCCUCCAGGACCCUGUGGGAAAGACCUCUCCUCCAGGAGAGCGUAUCAGGAACAGCUCUUAAAAGAGCUAAGUGAUUAGAGCUCAGGGGAGUAUACAAAGAAUAGCAAUCCCCAGUGUGAAUAUAGCAGUUCCCUACAAUGAGACAAGGCUAUGUAUCCAGGGUUAAGCAGGACUUUCUUUUAUGCAGGUUUUCCCGCAAGAUUACCACCCAUAUGGACCUAGUGGUACACAGGACAUGCAAUUACAAUAGCCAAUCAAAGCAUUACAGUACAGUCAGACACUCCCAGCCAAGGCACACAAACCCUCCCCUCUGCCCGUGAUAUAAUUACUGAACACAAUGGGUUAACUCAAUUAUCAGAGGCAGGAAAAUAUACAGUUUUAUACAAUAUUCAUAACUUCCCAACCAUACAUGCAAUUCACAUAUUCUGAACCAGCAUAAGCAGUAUACAAACAUAUGUCAAAAUCAUACAAAUUGGCCCAGUGUUUCAAAAGUUAGGUGGAAGUCCUAUUUGACCGACUGCAAGCAUGACUUUCCUGCCCAAAACAGUUCCACAGAUUUAGGCUGUGCAGCCGGUCUAUCUUCUCCUCUAUCCUGGAGAUAAUUGGCUUAAGUGGGUGGGGUAACUUAAUUAUCUCCAGGUACAGGGAAUAUCUCCAUUUACAACAACAGUAAAAAUACAUAAUUCCUAUUAUACUGAACAGAAGCCCCACAUUCAACCUAACCCCAGAUAGCUUGGAUCUGAGUGGUUAAUAUAUCCCAACAGCGCUCAGAUCCCACAAACUGCAAGCAGGCCUCUCCAAGACCAAGUGGCAGAGGGCACGUCGUCACAUAUCUCCUCUUUGGGGGGGGGGGAGGGGGCAGGGAAAAACCAGGCACCUGACCUUCUGUCAGUGCCUAAGUUAGUCGAUCCACCCACCCACAUUAAGCAAGUACCAGAGUCCUUUAGCGCUCCACUCAUUUCAUUAGUAGAGUCUAGACGUUAUAUCCAGAUUGUACUAAGCUCACUUUGGUUCAAAUACCAGAGUAGCCCACCCACAAUAAACAGGUACAAGAGCAGCCCGCCCACAACAAACAGUUACUGCACCUGGGUAUUCCUCUGGUGUAAUUAGGCAACAUGCUGUGGGGUCUUGGGGGGCAGAAGCCAGCUGCGCUCUGCCCUGUUGCCAGCGCUUCUUCUGGGGUAGCCUGGUUGGGAGGGGAGAUAUCACUUACCCCCUCCUCCUGAUAUCCCUCUCGAGGGUAGUUGGGGAUCUGGACAGGCUGUCCAGCAUCCCUGUAGUUUGGGUGCCGACACCACAUUCCCAUCUGCACCGUCUGGGAGAAUAAGGUCUCCCCUUUGUAGGGUUACUUGCCGCUGGGGAGAGGGGGCCGACAUGCUCCUCUCCCUGAAGCACAUACUGCCGCUGGAGAGACUGACUGUCUCCACUCCCAUAACAUUGUCCUGCUGCUGGGGAGAGCGACAGAUUGUCUCUGCCUCCUGUAGGACACACUGCUGGUGGACCUUUGGUCCCCUGGGGUGCAUACUGUCGCUGGGGAGGGAGAUUGUCUCCACUCCCAAUACAAUACUCUGCUGCUGGGGAGAGAGAUUGAUUGUCUCCACUCCCAAUACAAUACUCUGUUGCUGGGGAGAGAGACCGGCUGCCUCCUCUCCCAGCAGAACACCCUGCCGCUGGGGAGUGAGUCAGAUUGUCUCCAUUCCCUGGAGGGAACACAGCCGCUGGGUAGAGAGGCCGGCUGCCUGCUCUCCCUGCAGCUUACACUGCUGCUGGGGAGAGAGACCGGUUGUCUCCUCUCCUGACACUACCAUUGCCCUGGCGGUACCUUCAGGGUGUAUUGUGACUGACUGGAGCUGAGCAGGUACUGGAAAUCCUGCUCCAGUUCCCAUUCCUGGAUGGCCAAUUCAGUCAGGUCUGGCCCUAGGUCGUCAGCCAUAGAGAGAUCCAUCAUGUCUUCUCUGUAGUCAUGUUUGUCCCAAAACCGUGACUCUGCAGCUAUCCCAAGUGCCGGUUCGGCAAAGGCCCCCCCAUAAUAGGCCAGGGCCAUUGUAAUCCUUGCCCUCCGGUCUGUCGUACUUGGCCAUUCCGGGAGCACGCUGAACCGCGUACCAACGAAGCGUAUGGUAUGCGUCGUCGAGCCCCAGUUCUCUCCAGUGAAUUAAGCUGCAUCACCAACUCCCACCUGUGCUGUUCUCCCAACAUAGGCAAUCAUAUGGCCACUCGAGCCUGUAGUCACUGCUCCUCGCUGGGUAGACACUCACUUCGCCAACGCUGGACACAAAAUAUUCCAUCUUUACACAGCGAGGGCACCACUCAGACUGAGCUCUGCAGGGUGGAGAAAUGCUUAUAAAGCCUUCCCACUCCUUGCAAUUUGGAUCAAAGCACACUGGUUGGUUUAAGCCAACCAAUGAGAGUGCUCUGACAGGUAAAUGAAGAGACUGACAGGUUAGUCUCUACAUUUACCUGUCACAGUACUCUGGUUGGCUUGGACCAACCAAUUAGAGUGCUCGGAGUCAUUUUACACAGCGUGGGGAAGUUCUUCGGAAUUUUCUACGGGUGAAAGUUCUUUGGGUGACUAGGGUCUUGGGGACCUCUGGUUACCUAGGGGCUUGGUUAUUUUUACACGUAGCCCUAACCCGUCGCCCAUGGGUGGAGGACAAUAGGUCCCCCUCCCCUUAUUGUAAUUUAGGGCCCUCACCCGCCGCUCAUAGGUGGGGGUCGGGGGGGGGGGAGGAGGACAAUAGGCCCCCCCCCAUUUUCAUUUCAAAUUUCCAAAGAACUUUCCCACGCUGUGUAAAAUGGAUUCCAAGCCAACCAAUCAGAGUGCUGUGACAGGUAAAUGUAGAAACUUACCUGUCAGUCUCUUCAUUUACCUGUCAGAGCACUCUCAUUGGUUGGCUUAAACCAACCAGAGCGCUUUGAGACAAAUUGUAGAGCGUGGGAAGGCUUUAUAAGCUUUUCCUUGCCCUGAAGAUCUCAGUCUGAGUGGUGCCCUCGCUGGGUGAAGAUGGAAUAUUUUUUUAUAGUCUGGAUUUUUUUUGGCCACCUCUCCCCAUUUUCAAUACAAUAGGUCCCCCCUUAUUGUAAUUUAGGGCCCCCACCCGCCGCUCCCUAUGUCCCCCGUUUAGUUGCAUAGCCCUCACUCACAGGGCAAGGGUGGGGGCUAUUAGUUAAGAGAUGCCCCACCAUGGGGCCAUUUAUUGAGGGGUGUUUUUUUUUUUCUACAACAGUUAGCAGUGUUUAGUAGACAUGCCCCUACUCACGGCAUAGCGAGUAGGGGCAUUUGGGAGAUUUCAAUAUCCCUUAUGCUAAUAUGGGGGGCAUAUUGACCCCCAUAGAGUGAGGGAGGACAUGGGAGGGCUUAGGUAGUGGCGGGGAGCUUCCUGAAGCUUCUAUAUUUACAUAUUACAAGGAGGGAGCUGCGUGCUAGUAGCUCCCUCCUUGUAAUAAACUGAACGAACGAACAGACAAAUUUCUAUUCAUUCAUUCGUCUUUCCCGUCCAAUUUUCGGACAAUAGCGAAUGCCUAAGUGUUUAACUGGGCAUGUGCGGGAAUUUCACAGCACUCUCUAGUGUGGGCAGAUGACGUGUCCCACAGGGCCUUUUUAUCCACACAAAGAUGGCAGCGCCCAGGACCUAGGUCCAGGCACAAAAUAAAGAUUUUAAAAUAGGUAAUAUGGGGGGCUUAGGGGCAUAUGGGGGUGACUAGGAGGGAAAUUAGAUGUAGUGGAGUCGGGGGGGUUAAAAAAACAAAAAAUGGAUGCGGCCAUAAUAGUGCCGCUUUAAAUGGAACUGAUCAUAUAGUAAAAUAUUAGAAAUGAAAACCUUUUUGCAGUCAAACUUUGCAUGGAAAAUAGGCUUCUGACAGGGAUUCCGGUGCCCUAUGUUGGAUCAGUCCUUGCGUGUAUUCUUUGUUCCGCUGCUUGGGUACUCCUGGACCUCGGGACGAAGGGACAGCGUGUUCUGGGACCCAAGUUGAGGGUCCUGGGGGUGGGUCGGCUGUCAUGGGUGCCAGACCCAAUGCUUCCAGAAAUUUGGUUGUUUCUUCCAUCGAGGUGAGCGUAUGUAGGAUUCCAUUUCGGGUCACUACCAGGGAUCCGUUCGUACCCCACCUGUAGCUUUUAUCUGUUGAGCGGAGUUGGCUUGUCACCGAGUGAAAGGAUUUGCGCCAUAGGAGGGUUGCUUUUGUUAAAUCCUGGUUGAACGUUAGGGUAGCACUUUUGUCUUUGAGUGCCGACAUGAUCUAACUUUUGUCUUGUACUGUUGGGCAUCUGAGUAUGGCAUCUCGGGCCACAUUGGUCGGCGCUUUGGUGGAUCCAGGUAGGCGAUAUAUCCCUUAGAUAGUUUUUUGCUACAGUAUGAGGUAGGAUGGAGGCCAAUAAGCACCUGAUAUAUUGUGCUAGUUUGUCCGUUGAUAUUGCCGCGGGGAUGACCCUUAUUUUUAUAGUAGUGCAACGGUGACGUUCUUCCAUAGCUGUCAUCUGAGCGGACAUGGCUCUCUGGUGGGACCAGGCUUGCUGUACCGAGUCCUGGAUCUUGGACAGAUGUGGUCUGUAUGUCCGUGAUGUCCUUUUCAGAGGCCUGCACUCGGUCUGUGAUGACUUUCAUGUCCAUUUUGAUAGGUGCGAGUCCCGCUGCUAAAAUUUUGUGGAAAUCAGUCAAUAAUAACUUCAGAUUGUGUCUGGUUGUUGGUGUUGAGUCGGUGGGGGCUUCCGGUGGCAGUGGUUGUGUUCUCAGGUCCCGUUUGCUCAUAUGGGUGAGUGUGAGUAGUGGAGCGCAGGUUUGGGCUGUGUGGGCCUCUGUAGCAUGGCCCUGAUGUCCUUCCUGUCUGCCGCCGUAGGUUUCUGUGAGCGGCGGCCCAUAGCUGGUAUGAUAGGUGUUGUAGAGGAAAAGUCGUCUCCCACUCUCUGUGCAAAUAGUGCCUCCAGGCAUGGGAGUGUCAGCGUGGGGUAGGCCCCAGUUUUUCACCUCCAUUUAGGCUGGUUGGGUGCUAGAAAAAAUGGCAUCUAUCGCAUUGGGAGGUGUUAUGGAGUCCAGCUGGCAGCGUUAGAGGGCUGGAUGGGCUGUCAAUUUCGGGAUAUUUGAUGAUUAUUCGAUUCUAGGUUUCUAAUCUUUGGUAAGGUUAUGGACAAGUGACUGUAUAAUUAGAAAUACUGAUACAAAUGGAGUAGAGAUCCCUAAUUUAUGGACUUUUAUUUAAUGUGUGCAACACUUAUAUACGUAGAGGGAAAUGUAUUAGCAUGUUCUGUUAUAUAAAGUGGUAUGAAUUAAAUAAAUAAACUAGAGUUAUGCAAGACAGCCAAUGAGCUUGCAAUCCCAUGUUAUAUAGUAAGGAAAUUUUACAUUUUCUGUCUCUGACCCAGCAAAUCUUAAAACAUUCAAAUUCGGACAGAACAGUUUCACUGUUGUUUUUAUUUACAUUUCAAACCACAGGUGAGAAAUACACUCUGUUUAACACGAUGUACAAAUCAAUAUGCAAAGUACAGUAUGUGAUACAUUAUCCAUUGUCAUAUUACAGCACGAGGAACGAGGGUUUAUAUAAGAAUUAUAUACCAUUAACGCGGCUUGCUAGUAAUCUCCAUAGUGUAGACAUUUUUAAAUGGCAUAAUACCCUGUUUAUGAACAGCCCUAUAGAGAGAUAUACCCUCGCAGAAGAGAAAACAGCGGCAUAACCAAAUUCCGAUAUACUACUUGGAAUAAUGAAACUGCACUGCAAAAAAGGAAGGAAAAGCACAAAAUAAAUCCUGAAAUCCCAUGUCCAGCAAUGGAAUAAAAAAAUUAAAAAACAAUGGGCAUCGACACGCACACUAUAGGAGGCUACAGGGGGGUUAGAAACUAAACUCUGAAUAUUCACAAAUUAAAUCUGAAUGAAAAAACUGGGGCCACAGGUGGUGACUAUAAAUUUCCCAAAUCUACUGAUAUUUGGAAAUACUACUGUAACGGAUCGCCUGGCACCCCGACUGGGUACCUCCGUUGAUGGAUGCUCCUAGCGCUUCCUGAGGGCUCCAAGCACUCCAGCCAACACCAUAACCACCGUAGACUCCUUCAGAGAGCAAGACAGGAACAAGCUCUUACAAGAGCUUAGUAGUGAUAUAGCAAGGGAGUAUGACUAGCAUAGCAAUCCCUUGUAGCAGAUUCCCCCAAUAAGAGAUGGCACUCCAAAUUGAGGGUGAAGUAGAACUGAAGCUUUAAUCCAACGCUCUGCUUUUAUGCACAUUUUACACACAUAGUACUGCCCACAGGGUUUUGCAUAACAACCAAUCAAUACAUUACAACACAACUAAACACUCCCAGCAUUAACACACAAAAUCCUCCAAUCUGCCUGUGAUAUAAUUACUGAACACAAUGGGCUGACGUAAUUAUCACUGGCAGGAAAAUACACAAUUUUACACAUUAUUCAUAACUUUAGAAAUAUACAUCACAUUUGCAUAAACUUACAUUUUCAGAAUCAGCAUACUCCAAAUACAAACAUACAUCAAAAUCAUACAAAUUGGUCCAGUGGUUCAAAAGUUAGUUGGAAAUCCCUUUUUGACCAACUGCAAGUAAGGCUUGAAUGUGGUAAGCCAAUUAUCUCCAGCAUACAGAAAAUAUCUCCAUUUACACCAAUAGUAAAAACACAUAAAAAUACAUAAUUCCUAUCAUACUGAACAGAACCCCCACGUAGCUUGGAUCUGAGCGCUCACUAUAUCCGAACAGCGCUCAGAUCACAAAAACACAGUCAAAUCGCCAUGGGGUUAAAGUUUAGCAACAGGUUCCAACUGAUCUGGCAGUGUCCCUGGGACGACGCCCUGCUGGAGAACAAUAGACAGGAAAUGGGGGAGGGGCACACCUUCUCAUGUAUUCAAAGGGGCAGAAAAAGUGUUUCAAAAUCCAAUAAGCCCAAAUAAUGCUUACACAGGGCAGUGUCUCCCAGGGGCCAUAGUGACAUGGCAGGAGACUGGCAAUCAGUCUUCUCCAAUGCCCAGUGGCGAGGUUGGUUCCGCCACAUUUCUCCCCUUUCCCAAAAAGACUAACAAGGUAUCUGGUCUCCUGUCGGUCAGUGCCUUGGUUAGUCCAGCAACCCACCCACAAAACAUAGUCAGUACUGCAGCCCACCCACAAUGAAAAGUUACUGCACCUGGGGAAACGUGCAGCCAGUCUUUGUCCAGGGGCUCCAUCACGGCUGUAUGGGGCACGGGUACUCCGGAUCUGUGGGUUGCUGAGUGGGCAGAGACCAGCGGUACUCUGCCCUGAUGCCAGCGCUUCAGCUGGAGUAGUCUGGUUGGAGCCCAGCUGUGAAGAGGGGGUAGUAGGCUCCUCUCCCUGGACCAGGUGCUGCUGCACGGUGCUGUCUCCCCUUUUGAUAAAUAGUCCUGCUGCUGGGCAUCUGGACCGGCUAUCCCGCACCCCUGUAGACCAGGUGGCGAGACCGCGGUCCCAUUUGCCCCAUCUGGGAGAAUAAGGUCUCCCCUUUGGGCAAUAAGCUGCCGCUGGGGAGAGGUGGUAACCGGCUCCUGUCCCUGACACACUCUCCGAUCCUGGAGAGGGGGACCAACUGUCUCCCCUUCCUGUAAUACACUCUGCCACUGGGGAGAGAGACCGACUGCCUCUUCUCCCAGUAACCCAUACUGCUGCUGGGAAGUGAGACAGACUGUCUCCCCUUCCAAUAAUGCACUCUGCCGCUGGGUAGUGAGACUGGUUGUCUCCCCUCCCUGUAAUGUACUCUGCCACUGGGGAGAGAGACCGACUGUCUCUUCUCUCAAAAACACAGGCUGCUGCUGGGGAGAGAGACUGACUGUCUCCCCUCCCAAUAACUCACUUGGCCGCUGGGGAGAGAGACCGACUGUCUCCUCUCCCAAAGAUACACACUGCCGCUAGGGAUCUGGGCCGACUGCCCAGCAUCCCUGUAGGGCCGGUAGAGAGAUCUCGGUCCCAUCUCCACCUGUCAUCUGUGAGUCUCUCCAGGACCAGUCUAUCUUUCAUCUGUGAAGAGCACAGGGCGCCAGUGGCGAAUUUGCCAAUCUUGGUGUUCUCUGGCAACUUCCAAACGUCUUGCACGGUGUUGGGCUGUAAGCACAACCCCCACCUGUGGACGUCGGGCCCUCAUACCACCCUCAUGGAGUCUGUUUCUGGAGUCUGUUUCCGUUUGAUCAGUCACAUGCACAUUUGUGGCCUGCUGGUGGUCAUUUUGCAGGGCUCUGGCAGUGCUCCUCCUGUCCCUCCUUGCACAAAGGCAGAGGUAGCGGUCCUGCUGCUGGGUUGUUGCCCUCCUACGGCCUCCUCCACGUCUCCGGAUGUACUGGCCUAUCUCCUGGUAGCGCAGGGGUUCUCAGCCCAGUCCUCGGGACCCCCUACCAGUCCAGGAUUUGGGGAUUACCUGGGUGUGUCUAAGGUGUUUUUUUUCCCCCAUUUUUCUAAACAACUUAGACACACCCAGGUAAUCCCUAAACCCUGGACUGGUAGGGGGUCCUGAGGACUAACGUUGAGAACCCCUGUGGUAGCGCCUCCAUGCUCUGGACACUACACUGACAGACACAGCAAACCUUCUUGCCACAGCUCGCAUUGAUGUGCCAUUCUGGAUGAGCUGCACUACCUGAGCCACUUGUGUGGGUUGAAGACUCCGUCUCAUGCUACCACUAAAGUGAAAGCACCGCCAGCAUUCAAAAGUGACCAAAACAUCAGCCAGGAAGCAUAGGAACUGAGAAGUAGUCUGUGGUCACCACCUGCAGAACCACUCCUUUAUUGGGGGUGUCUUGCUAAUUGCCUAUAAUUUCCACCUGUUGUCUAUCCCAUUUGCACAACAGCAUGUGAAAUUGAUUGUCACUCAGUGUUGCUUCCUAAGUGGACAGUUUGAUUUCACAGAAGUGUGAUUGACUUGGAGUUACAUUGUGUUGUUUAAGCGUUCCCUUUAUUUUUUUUGAGCAGUGUAGUAAAAUCUUCAAGUAUUCAAGUCUGCAGCUGCUGGCUCUGCCACUGAACUGCCUCUGUCUGCUGACAUCAUCAGAAGUGGUAGCCUGAACCAAUCACAAUGCUUCCCCAUAGGAUUGGCUAAGACUGUCAAGGGGGCAGAGCCAGCACAAGUCAAACACAGCCCUGGGCAAUCAGCAUCUCUUCAUAGAGAUGAAUUGAAUCAAUGAAUCUCUUUGAGGAAAGUUCAGUGUCUGCAUGCAGAGGGUGGAGACACUGAAUGGCAGAACCAGGAAGCACCUCUAGCAGCCAUCAGGGGAGUGGCCAGUGGAGUUAUCAUUAGGCUGUAAUGUAAACACUGCAUUUUCUCGUAAAAUACAGUGUUUACAGCAAAGAGCCUGAAGGAAAUAGUUCUACUCACCAGAACAAAUACAAUAAGCUGUAGUUGUUCUGGUGACCAUACUGUCCUUUUAAUUUUCUCACAGGUUUUCAUCAUUUUGUAGUGCCCUUGUCUCUUUUAGGGGCUAAACAUUUAUAAACCUUGUGCUUGGAGCAUUUUCACUGAUUAACAUUAACUAUUACAUUGCCAGGCAAUACAUUUAUUUUAAAUGUAUUUCUUUUUAACACAGGACCUUAAUAACUAUGUGACAGGGUGGACAGACUGGAAUCUGGCCCUCGAUACUGAUGGUGGACCCACAUGGGUGGAAAAUUAUGUGGACAGCCCCAUUAUUGUAGACAUCAUUAAGGAUGUGUUCUACAAGCAGCCGACCUUUUAUCAUAUGGGACAUUUCAGGUGAGGCCCUGUGGAAGGAGUGAGUGAGAUUGCAACCUUUGGUAGGAUUGUUACUCAUAUUAGCUCUACAUUAGCAAACAUGUCCAGUAUAUGGAAAGGGCUAGAACAGAAGUCCAGUUUCUGAGGCCAGGCAGGGCUGUGGUGGGGGUUAGACGUACUGGAGUGUAAUUAAAUUUAGGUAACUGUUCAUAUUUUAUUCUCAUUUCAAUUUAAUAUGUGAGUUGGAAACCUCUGCGCUCUAAGUAAAAAUGGCGUGGUAUUUCAUAAACCAUUCCCAUUUCCCUGCAUAUAACCAAAUUCUUUUUUUAGGUUUCACUCAUUCAGUGUUUUAAUUUAUGCUAUUUUGUUUUAUGGAAAAAGCAAAUUUAUUCCUGAGGGAUCGCAGCGUGUUGGGCUGGAUGUAAGUCAUGAAAAUCAGUUGGAAACUGUGGCUUUUCUGCGUCCUGAUAAUGCCGUCACUGUAGUCGUCCUUAACGGGUAAGAUCCUUUACACCAUUACUAUACACUCUCCUUCAAUGGGUAAUUGUUUAUUAGGUUUGUUACCAAUACACUCUCUGAUCCAGUGUCCGGUCUCUAUCACACCGUGCUCCUUCCUAUCCUGUCUCUAUCACACCAUGCUCCUUCAUAUCCUGUCUCUAUCAUACCAUGCUCCUUCAUAUCCUGCCUCUAUCACACAGUGCUCCUUCCUAUCCUGUCUCUAUCACACCGUGCUCCUUCCUAUCCUGUCUCUAUCAUACCAUGCUCCUUCCUAUCCUGCCUCUAUCACACCAUGCUCCUUCCUAUCCCGUUGCUAUCACACCGUGCUCCUUCCUAUCCUGCCUCUAUCACACCGUGCUCCUUCAUAUCCUGCCUCUAUCACACCGUGCUCCUUCCUAUCCCGCCUCUAUCACACUGUGCUCCUUCCGAUCCUGUCUCUAUCAUACCAUGCUCCUUCCUAUCCUGCCUCUAUCACACCGUGCUCCUUCAUAUCCUGCCUCUAUCACACCGUGCUCCUUCCGAUCCUGUCUCUAUCAUACCAUGCUCCUUCCUAUCCCGUUGCUAUCACACCGUGCUCCUUCCUAUCCUGCCUCUAUCACACCGUGCUCCUUCAUAUCCUGCCUCUAUCACACCGUGCUCCUUCCUAUCCCGCCUCUAUCACACUGUGCUCCUUCCGAUCCUGUCUCUAUCAUACCAUGCUCCUUCCUAUCCUGCCUCUAUCACACCGUGCUCCUUCAUAUCCUGCCUCUAUCACACCGUGCUCCUUCCGAUCCUGUCUCUAUCAUACCAUGCUCCUUCCUAUCCCGUUGCUAUCACACCGUGCUCCUUCAUAUCCUGCCUCUAUCACACCGUGCUCCUUCCGAUCCCGUCUCUAUCACACCGUGCUCCUUCCGAUCCCGUCUCUAUCACACUGUGCUCCUUCCGAUCCCGUCUCUAUCACACCAUGUUCCUCUUGGUUUCAUAUAUAUCUGUUUGUCUACUUUCAAAAUUUUAAGUCCUACACAACUAGCCUGGAGGCCCAUCGCACACUUACAAGGGGUGAAUUUCUAGUUACCAAGGCUGAAUAUCCACUCACCAAUGGCUAGUGGAAAUGUUGAGCCAGUUAUAUUAUUUCUAAUACAUUUGUAUCUAUAUGCCUGCUGAAUAAAUGUAUAUAUGCCCUCAUUUUUAAUAUUUGCCAUGUUAAUCUUGCAGAGGUUCACUGGAUGUGAAUUUUGUAAUUUCUGACCCAUUGCUUGGAGUUAUUGAUGCAACGUGUCCAGCAAACUCUAUUCAAACAUACAUCUGGAGGCGAAAGUGAAGGAGGAGAGUAAGAGGUUAAAUACAUUAUGAUCAACAGACAUUUCAAACAGUAAAUUAAUUGCAAUCAAGAGACUUAUACUUGCACUAACAAAUAAAUCAAUUUCUUAUAAUACUUGUAAUGAUUCAAGCUUUAUUAUGUAUGAGUCCCUCUCUUAGCACCUAGUGUACCAAAUAACUGCUCGGAGGUUGGUCCUUCUCCAAUCGUUAGCUUAUCAGUCAGUGAUUUGUUUGAAAAUUAUUUUUCAGAAUUUGUUUUACUUUGAAGCUAAAUUGGAGCAAUGCUUUCAGCUUACAUCAGUGGUACUGUUAGUUGUAGAGUAGUCCAGGCACAUUCAAUUCAUGCUCCCUUUUUUUUUUGUUGACGUGAUUAUAGCAAUACACGUCAUGAAAAAUACAUUGCCCCAUUAUUGUAUCCUAUGGCUGCAAUAUACAGUAACAUUGUGGUAAGCUUAUUUGACCAGGGCCUUCUUCACAUUCCCUUUCUAUAUUUGUAAAGCGCUGCAGAACAUUUUGGCGCUAUAUACAUCAUAAUGACCAGUAAUAGUUUGUUCUUGUAACUGACUGCUCAUGACAAGGAGAUACAAUGUUUUACUCAUUUAGCAAUAGCCAAGCUCUCUAAAACAGAAUGUCAUGCUACAUAUUCUGUAACUGGGUUCCAAAAAUAGAAUGUGUCCAGGCACCAUGACCACGUCCGAGAUUUGAAGUAGUCACGGUUCCUAGAAUUGAAUGUGCCGUAGUUACAGAAUUUAACUCCUCUGUUGCUGGCAGUGUCAUUACCCAGCCUGGAACAAGGGUAAACUCUCUGCAUAUUUCAAUGCAGGUAAUGACAUUUUUUAGCUGAAAGCCUUCUUUUUAGGCACUCGGCCAAUGAAUGAGCGGCAGAUAGGCAUCUGGCUUCUUAAGGCGACCCAGAUAAGAGAACAGAUUAUUGUAAAAUAGUUUGCCCCAUUGCCAAGGUACAGUUUUCACAAUAACCACUACAGGGCAUGGAACGUUUCUACUUUUGUAGCUUUAAAGGGACACGUUAAUGCUUGCGAUAGUAGUAAUAUGCUGCAUUUUGUCACAUUCAGACCUUUAUAGUUUUUGCACAAAAAAUGGUUUGUACAAUGCUUCUACCUAAGCCUUCCGCCUCAAAUGAAGGCACACAGUGAAGGCCCUAACAGCACUGAGCGAGCUUUUAACCCCUUAAGGACCGACCAAACUUCUGGAAUAAAAGGGAAUCAUGACAUGUCGUGUCCUUAAGGGGUUAAAUAACCUGGCUGCAAAGAGGUAGUGAUAUCCUUACUAUGUGCCUUCCUGCAUGCAAGAAACUUUUUAUUUCAGAUCACUCAGUCGCUGAGUUAUGUGCAUACAUUUGAUAAGGAAGUCUGUUUUUUUUAUUAUUUUUUUUUGCUUCCCUGAAGUGUGGGGGGGGGAAGGCUUAUGGUGCAGUAUUCUUCAAAAGUCUAAAUUUGCUGUGUGCAG